CGUCGCAUUACCACUGCGCACCUCUCCGUGUUGAGAUGGACGUCAAGUCUUUCCUCCUCUCGUCCAUCGUCGGCUUCCCGGCGUCGUGCUUUGUCACAUCCAUCGUCGCAGCUGCAUUCUUCCUCUCACACAGGCUGGGCUUCCCCCAGUUCGCCCUCCUUCGGCAGAUCCUGAGCUCCCUCGCCGCCAAUCGCGAGGCAGAUGGACGAGGGGGAAGGAGUCACCAGGUGCCAAACACGCCAAAAACUGGCGGCUUCGAGGAGGUGCAGCGGAGUGCGGAGGAGACCCUGGGUCUGGCGCUGUGUGUCUUGCUGAGCGGGACUGGAUUCAUGAGCCCUUCCGGCAUUCUCAAAUGGGGCCCGCUACCGAUUACACGUAAGCCGCACUACAGUCAUCAAUUCAGCUCCAUAUGCGUGCAUUCACUCUUCCUGCCUUGCUUGUUCGUUUGUUUGUUUGUUUGUAUCCAAAUCACCGUCAUGCCCUCUGCCAUCAUCCAUAUCAGUAUCGGUGUAAGACACAACUAUGCGCAGCCACUCACUGGCCCUGCGAAUACGUGUCGCUUUUCGCCUUCAGGUGUGCGACAUACGGUGUCUUUUUCAGCAUUUUGCGCUUUAUCGAAGUCCAUAUGA